AUGGAGCCCGUAGAACAAGAAUCAAUAACUCCUGUUCAAAAUAAGGAACUCGAUGAAAUUGGUAAAUUGCUCAAUGAUAAAAAUAGCUUAAAUGGUUUGCUGAAUCUAUCUCACAAUUUUAAUUCAAGACUUUAUGGUAUUGAUCCAAAAACACUUGUUAUUAAUGAAUGUAUGAUUUUAGCUUCAGCAAUGAGGAAAACGAAUAGAUGGUCUCAAAAUGGGGUUGCUUCUUUAUUAUCAUCAAGUGAUAUAUUUGGUAAAGCAAAUACAAAUGUAAAUUAUAGUUUCAAUGAUGAUGAGGAUGGUCUAACAAAUGCAAUUGGUUCAACAUUAAGCCAUGGGCCAAAAUCAGAUAAAAAUCUACUUAUUGGAAGUAAUAAAUCGAAUAAUACUAAUAACAUUAAUAAUUUAAAAGGUACUCAUGACAAUCCAUUAUUAGCAUCAUUUUUACAAUUGAAAUCUAUAUUAAUUGAAUCUCAAAAUUUAUAUGAUAUUGAUAGUCUUACAUUAUUACAACCAUUUUUGCUAAUAAUUAAAUCAUCAUCUACUUCAGGAUAUAUUACUGGUUUGUCAUUAAGAUCAAUAUCUAAAUUUUUAACUUACAGUAUCAUUUCCUUUAAAUCUAAAAAUUUACAAUCUUCAUUGAUACAAAUUGUUUCAUCUUUAACUCAUUGUCGAUUUGAAGCUGCUGAUCAAAACUCUGAUGAUGCUGUUUUAUUAAAAGUUCUUAGAUUAUUAGAAGAUAUUAUUAAAAGUUCAUUAAGUUCUUGCUUACCUAAUGAGUUAAUGUCAGAAGUUAUUCAUACUUGUUUAUCUUUAGCUUGUAAUAAAAAAAGAAGUGAAGUUUUAAGACGAGCUGCUGAAAUGGCUAUGAUAUCGAUUACUGUUGAAUUAUUUACUAAAUUACAUGAAAUAGAACCAGAAUUGGAACAUGGAAAUGACGAUAUACAACCAAAUUUGUUAAACACUCAAUUGCCAGAAGAUUUAAUUGGUGGGACUAAUUUGAAAAGUUCUGAAAACUUAUCUACAAAUGAAUUUAAUGCAAAUGUAAGUGAUCAACAAAAAACUGAUACAUUAAAAGAGGAAUAUGAUUCAAAAGAGAAACCGUUUAGUAUUGUUUGUUAUAAUGAAUUUUUUGCAAUUUUAAUUUCAAUGAUAUCACCAUCAAAUCAAUUUCAUAACAUGGAGAGCUCAAGAGUUUUUGCUUUAUCAUUAAUAAAUUCUGCUGUGGAGGUUGCUGGAUUAGACAUAACAAAACAUUCGUCGUUAUUAACUAUGAUUUCUGACCCUAUUUCAAAACAUGUUUUACAAAUCAUCACAACUACCGAAUCAAUUUCAUUAUUGAAAGAAUCUUUACAAUUGUUCAGUACAAUUGCUAUUGUUUUGGGUAGAGAACUUAAACCACAAUUGGAAUUAUCGAUAACAUUAAUUUUUCAAUCAAUCUUACCUCCAAAUUCUAAGCAAUUGUCAAAAGAUAAUGAUUUAAAUGUGACUGCUAGAACUUCCAUAUCUAAAGAAGUUUUAAUUGAAUCUAUAAGUUUACUAUGGACAAGAUCAUCAAUAUUUUUCACAGAUUUAUUCAUUGAUUAUGAUUGUGAUUUUGAAAACUCAGAUCUUUCAAUAAAAGUAUUGGAUUAUUUAUGUCAAUUAUCCUUACCUGAAUCCGCUGUAAUCACUACUGAUAGUGUUCCUCCAUUAUGUCUUGAAGGUAUUUUAUCAUUUAUAUCUGGAGUUCAUGAAAGAAGUAAAACUAAAAGUAAAAUUGAUAAACCAUUACAUCAACUUAUAGAGAAUAGAAAUAAGAAAACUGCUUUUAUCAGAUGUACUGAAUCAUUCAAUAAAAAACCCAAAGAAGGAAUUAAAGCUUUGGCAAAAGAAGGGUUUUUGAAAGAUGAAAAUGAUUUGAAGGAAGUAGCAGAGUUUUUUUACUCAAAAUCGGGUCGUUUAAACAAAAAGAAAUUGGGUGAAUAUUUAACUGAACCAAAAAACAAAGAAUUAUUCAAUUAUUUCAUCAAAUUGUUUGAGUUUACAGAUUUACGUCCUGAUGAAGCUUUAAGGGUCAUGCUUAAAUCAUUUAGGCUACCUGGUGAGUCUCAACAAAUUGAUCGAACAAUGGAAGCUUUUGCAGAAUGGUAUGUUGAAUGUCAAAAAAAUUCUACAUCAGAGUCAAACGAAGAAGAAGAAGAAUCGGUAUUACCAGAUAAAGAUUCUGCAUUUGUUUUGGCUUUUUCCAUCAUUUUAUUAAAUACGGAUUUACAUAAUCCACAAGUUAAAAAACAUAUGCUGCUUGAAGAUUAUAAGAAAAAUUUGAGAGGAGUUUAUAAUGGAAAGGAUUUUCCUGAAUGGUAUAUUUCAAAAAUCUAUUCUUCAAUAAAGGAUAGAGAAAUUAUUAUGCCUGAAGAGCAUCAUGGUACUGAUAAAUGGUUUGAUGAUAUAUGGCACAAUAUGGUCUCAACUCAAAAUUUGAAACAAAUGCAUAAAACAGAUUUAGAGAAUAUUGAUUUGUGUCAGUUUGAUAAGGAAUUGUUUAAUAGUCUUGCUGAUACACUUAUAAAUACGAUAAUAAGAGUGUUUAAAGAAGCUACGGAUGAUCAUGUAAUAACCAGAUUAAUGUCUUCAGUUGAUAAAAUAGCUAGUAUUUGUUUACAGUAUGAUUUAAUUGAACCAGUGGAUAAAUUAAUUAGUAUUUUGGCUGAUUUGACAACCAUAACUACAAGUGACUUCAAAAAAGAUUAUUUAGAUGACAAUAUUCGUGAAAAUAUUCCAAUUACUCAAAUGAAUGUUGAAAAACAAGAGGGGGAGAUUUAUGUUAGUGAAUUGGCUGUUUGGUUCGGUCGUGACUUUAAGGCUCAAUUAGCAACAGUUGUUUUGUUCAGAAUUAUAAGGAGAAGUAAUUGUAAGAUUCAAAAUUCCUGGGAACACGUUUUGAAAAUUAUACUAAAAUUAUUUGAAUACUGUUUAAUUGAUCCUAAUUUGUAUAGUGAAUUCCAAAAGAAAGUAAAACUUGAUUCAUUACCAAAAGUAAAACCAGAAUAUCUGAUAAGGAAAACUAAACCAUUGAAUAAUUCAGGUCUUCUUUCAACAUUUCAAUCGUUUUUAAGAAGUUAUUCAGAUGAUCCUCCAGAACCAACCGAUGUGGAAAUUGAAUCAACUUUAUCGACUGUUGAAUGUGUGAAAUCGUUAAAUAUACCAAGUAUAUUUGCUAUGGUAUCCCAAUGUUCUUCAGAUAUUAUAAAAUCGUUUAUAACUAUUUUGCUAAGUUUAUUACCUGAACUUAAUAAUGACUCAAAAAGAUACUACGAGACUGAGUUAUUAUUUAUCUAUGAAGUAUGUGUCUGCUUUUGUUUAUUGUUAAAUGAUCAAUCGAUGAUGGGUAAGGUUAUUGAAAAAUUUCAAAUCAAUGGUUUAACUAAAAAGAGUCAGUUACGAAUGAAAGCUUAUGAUUUACUUUUAUUAAGGAAAUGCGAAAACAAAGAAAAACUAAUCACAGCAAUAACAAGUUUGAAGGAUCUCGAUAAAGAAUUGUUGAGUAAACAAGGUGGUCAAAUUUUUCAACCUUUAAUAUCUUUAAUUGAUGAAGAUUCAUGGUCUUGUAAAAUAUUAUUGGAUGAAGAGGAAUAUUGGAAAUCAUUACGAAUCUUUGGCUCAUUUCAAGUAUAUGCUGCUGAAAUAAUUAAUUUCUUGGAUAGUUUUGUUAAAAAUUCUACAAAAGAUAUCACUUUCAAAAAUUACGUAUUGUUAUUAGGAUUAUUAGAUGAAAUUUCAUCUUUGGGAGCACUUGGAUCUCAAUUUGAACAAGGAAAUGCAAAUUCAACGAAGGAUCAAAAUGCAAAAAAUAACGAUUAUUUUAAAGAUUUGAUUACACUUUCAAAGCAUUCAAUUGAUUUAACUGCAAUCUUGGUACCAUUAGUGAAAGAAGAUGAAUUCAAAGGUAAAGGAGUUGCUUAUUCAGCAAUUCAAGCAUUGGCUCAUCAAUGUUUUAAUCCUUGUCGUGAAUUAAGAGAAUAUGCUGUUAAAACGAUACAAAACAUUAUUUUAUCUUUUGAAUUUGAUUCUGAAGUGAAAAUCGCCGAAGUAUUUGAUUUUGGUUUAUUUCCUUUAUUAUUCGAAUUAACAAAACCUGAAGUAAUUCAAUCUGAUGUUAAUGGUUUUGAAAAAACUCAAUUUGAAUUGUUUAAUUUGGUAAGUAAAACGUAUUUAAAACAGUUCGAUUAUAUGACUGAUGAAGAUAAACAAAAUAUCUGGUUGGGUUUAAUGAACAGUUUACAAAAUUUUCAAAUAUUGGAUGAAAGUAAAAAAGGCAAAUAUUAUGAACCUAGUGCUGAAGUGUUGAAAAAUUUAGUUUUGGUUUUACAAAAUAAUCGAUUUUUAAUAGAAGAUCAUUCACAAAUUUAUAAUCAUUCAUGGAAUAUAAUCGAUAAAUUAACCCCAGGAUUAAGAAAAGAUUCAAAAAUUGAAGAAAUGUCAGCUGAGCAAAUUUCAAACGAUAGAAAAACAACUAAAGAUGGUUUAGAUGAUAUAGAAGAAGGUCAAAAAUCUGAUCAUAAAUAA